AUGGCCACCUGCUGGCAGGGCCUGUGGGCCUAUCGCUCCUACCUGAUUGUGUUCUUGCUGCCCAUUUUCCUGCUGCCUCUGCCCAUCCUCGUCCCCACUAAGGAAGCCUACUGUGCCUACUCCAUCAUCCUCAUGGCGCUCUUCUGGUGCACCGAGGCUCUGCCCCUGGCUGUCACCGCCCUCUUCCCCAUCAUCCUGUACCCCAUGAUGGGCAUAAUGGAUGCCUCCGAGGUGUGCAUCGAGUACUUUAAGGACACCAACAUCCUAUUCGUCGGGGGGUUGCUCGUGGCCAUCGCUGUGGAGCACUGGAAUCUGCACAAACGCAUUGCCCUCCGCGUGCUCCUCAUCAUCGGGGUGCGGCCUGCCCUGCUGCUGUUGGGCUUCAUGUUGGUCACGGCCUUCCUGUCCAUGUGGAUCAGCAACACAGCCACCACGGCCAUGAUGGUGCCCAUCGCACAUGCUGUUCUGGAACAGCUGUACAAGACGCCCACAGGCAAGGAUGUAGAGGAGGGCAGCGACAACCCCACCUUUGAGCUCCAGGAACCAAGUCCCCAGAAGGACGUGACCAAGCUUGAUAAUGGGCAGGUCCACCCUGUCCCGCCUGCUUCUUCAGAGCUGAAGGCACAGAAGGACAGACAGCGGGUCCGCUUUAGCCAGGGCAUGAGCCUGUGUGUGUGCUACUCGGCCAGCAUCGGGGGCAUCGCCACGCUCACCGGCACCACCCCCAACCUGGUGCUGCAAGGCCAGGUCAACUCGCUCUUCCCCGAAAACGGCAACGUGGUGAACUUCGCCUCCUGGUUCGGCUUUGCCUUCCCCACCAUGGUCAUCUUGCUGCUGCUUGCCUGGCUGUGGCUGCAGGUGCUCUUCCUGGGGUUCAACUUCCUGAAGAACUUUGGCUUUGGCGGACACGAGCGGGAGCAAGAGCAGGCAGCCUUCCACAUCAUCCAAACAGAACACAAGCUACUGGGCCCCAUGACCUUUGCAGAGAAGGCUGUGUCUGUCCUCUUUGUCAUCUUGGUGGUGCUAUGGUUCACUCGGGAGCCCGGCUUUUUCCUUGGCUGGGGCAACCUGGCUUUUCCCGACAAGGAUGGGAAAAGCAUGGCGUCCGAUGGGACAGUGGCCAUCUUCAUUGGCAUAAUUAUGUUCUUGGUGCCCUCCAAGAUCCCAGGGCUGACUCAGGAUCCAGACAAACCAGGGAGGCUGAAGGCCCCUCCUGCCCUCCUCAACUGGAAGACAGUGAAUGAGAAGAUGCCCUGGAAUAUCGUCUUCCUUCUGGGUGGUGGCUUUGCCCUGGCCAAGGGCAGUGAGAAAUCAGGACUGUCCGAGUGGCUGGGGGACAAGCUGACCCCGCUACAGAAUGUGCCACCUCCCGCCAUUGCCUUCAUCCUCUGCCUGCUGAUUGCCACCUUCACUGAGUGCACCAGCAACGUGGCCACCACCACACUUUUCCUGCCCAUUCUGGCCUCCAUGGCCCAGGCCAUCUGCCUCCAUCCUCUCUAUGUCAUGCUCCCCUGCACGCUGUCUGCCUCCCUGGCCUUCAUGCUGCCUGUGGCCACCCCACCCAACGCCAUAGUCUUCUCUUUCGGAGGCCUCAAAGUGUCUGAUAUGGCCCGAACGGGAUUCCUGCUCAACAUCAUCGGAGUGCUGGUCAUCACGCUGGCCAUCAAUAGCUGGAGCUUCCCCAUCUUCAGCCUGUACACCUUCCCCUCCUGGGCCUACUCCAACACCACAGCCAACUGCAUGGUCAACCAGGCAAACACCACAACAGCUCGCCCCUAG